CCGCCACCGCUGCCGCCGCCGCCACUGCGGUCGCCACCUCGACGUCGUCGGCGUCGCCGGACGUGAUGCGUCGGCCGCUCAGGGAGCGGCUGGCACACCUGCUGGCCACCCGGCCCUGCAAGAAGAUCGAGGUGAUGCAGAAACUGUACAAAGAUGGGAUCCGCGAGAAGGACAAGAAGAACGUGCACGGCCUGCUUGGCAGCGUGGCGUCGCUGCGAGACAACGUGUACUACCUGAAGCGGCACGUCUGGAACGAGGUGUCGCAAGACUGGCCGUACUACACGGAGCAGGAGCGGCGGGAGUUUGUCGCCCACCGGCCGGAGAACCUGACGCCGCCGAGCAGCGACUCGAGCAGCGGCCGCUCGCCGGCCGGCAAGCGGCCCUCGCCGUCCGCCGCCGACCCAGUCCCGACCGCCUCGUCCGCCGCCGCCGCCGCCGCCGCUAAGCGGCCGCGCGUCUCUCACUACCGUCGGCCGGGCGAGCAGGCGCCGCACGAGCGGCUGGCGGCGACCGGGCGGCCACGCGCCGCUGCCGCCGCCGCCGCUGCCGACGCCGGCGGCGAGCGCCGCAACACGGGCCCGCACUACGACUGGCGCAAGGCGCCGACGGCGCAGUCGCCGUCGUCGACUGGCGUCAGCGACCGCACGCCGACGCCCGACUCGUCGCCGGACAGCCACCACUCGGGCUCGUCGGCGCACCGCGAGGACGAGCCCGAUUUUCUAAGUCAAUACGGUCCGAUCAGUUCGGAGAGCCAGCUGCAGCGGUACAAGAGCGACUUCGAGAGCGGCUACCAGGAGUACCAGCGGCUCUGGGAGCUGGUGGGCAGCGUGUACCGCAAGUUCGCCGAUCUCGAGCAGCAGCUGCGUGCCGCCGAGGAGGGCUCCGAGGAGUGGAAGGGCAUCGAGAGGAAAAUCCGCGACGAGUACGAGUCGUGCAACAACGAGGAGUACCGGUCGGCGCGACGACGCUGGUCCUACCUGCAGAACAAGCUGCAGUACGUCAAGUCGCUGGUACGGCAGUGGCAGACUGACCGGUAGUAUCGGGGCGAGGGGACGGGGACGUCGGCCGGGCGGCCCGGGCCCGGCCGCCUGCCGCUGUACAUAGACAGAUGUAGCUUUAUGGAAAUGGCCGGCCCGUUGUAUGUGGUCGAGGGUGCCGGGCUGGCCGGCCGGCAGGCAGCGCCCCGGAGGAGGUCCGGGGCGGGUCGGCCGGCCGGCCGCGCCGCGCGCGCCGCCGCCGCUGGGCGUCGCGUGCGCCCUUUUGUAUCCGAUGAUGCCACUAACGAAGAUCUUAACACUGAGAUACGACAUCGCCCUGUGCCUGCCAUCGCGCGCGACGCAGGACGCUGACGGACUGGGGCGGCCCGCUGAGUUCCUACGCCGGCCCGGCGCCGCCGCCGGCGCCGGCAGACCGCUGACUGACACCCGGUGACGGACGCCGACCGACGCCCUGUGGCCAGCCGGCGCCGCCGCCGCCCCGGCCCGGCCCGCCGGCGCGCCUGUGUGAUACGCGCUCGCCGCUCCGAGCUUUCAGCUGAUCCGCGCGACGAGAGGUCAAAUCAAAACCGGGGCUGGGGGACGGCGGCGCGCCGGGCAGGGCUCCGGCGACGCCCUCUUUCCGGGUACGUGCUGCUAGCUGUAGGUACUUACGGGUGUUAUCUUUUGUAUGUUUUGCUCAAGUCCCUGGACGGCCGGCGCCGCUCGCGGCUGGUCGGGGACGGCUUCGUCCGCGCGCGCGCGCGCGCGCGCCUGUGUUCGUUCGCCAGUGCUUCUCCCGGUCUGCGGGCGGCGCCCGGCAUUCGUUGGGGGGCGGCUGGCCUCUGACCUGGAUCGGCGGGCGGAGGGCGGCCGCCGCCCGGCCCGCGCCCCCGCAGUCUGCCUUUAGUCACUCCAGCUCCUAGUCUGUCUAGUCGCCGGGCGGGCGGGCCCGGUAGCUACCGAUCCCCACUGGAGAGCUCAACUGACGGCACCAGCCGAGCCGCGCGGCCCGGCCCGGCCGACGGCCAGCAUUAGUCCCCCGCCCCCGCCCCCGCCCCCGCCCCUGCCGGCGGGCUUCCGUCUUCCUCGGGCUGCGUGGGGCACGUCUCGGCGGGCUGGCCGGGUCUCCCGUGUGCGUGCGUGGGUGCGUGCGUGCGCGUGUGUUUGUGGGGUGGGGCUUGGGAGGUGCGCUGGUUCCUGUGAGCGGCGCGGUGCCACGCGCCGGUCCGCCGCGCUGAGUCGGACGCAGAGUGAUACGGGGCCGAGCGGAUCGAGCCCGCGUCGACGCCGGGGAAGGCCCCAGGCCGGCACGGUUGUGAACAGGUUCCCAGCCCUCUCUCGUCCACUUAAACACUAUGAAUAUCUGCUUGUUGUUUUUCAUAUCAAUAAAUUUGCAUACUCGUUA